UUUCCUACUGUUCCAUUUAAGUGAAUAGUCCCAAUAACUUCUCCCUCCUCCCCCCUAGUCAUAUAUAUAGUAUAAACAUUCCACUAAUUGUCUCACCCUUUAUUACCAAAUAUAUAAUCUCAUUUAGUAGAUCUGUUAUAGUUUACAAUUAAUUAAAUAUGGAUUCGAAGACGAAGAUAGCAUUACUUAUCCCAGGCAUGCUGGCCAUGCUCCUUCUGUUCUCAAAGGUGGCAGCUAGGGAUUUUAACGAGGGUGAGGUUGUCAAAGAGACUAAUGAAGAGGGUAAUGCCAAAUCAGAUGGUGGUGGGGGUGACCUUCAUUUUAUGUCUUGUUCACAUCCAACUCCAAGUGGACAUUGCCCAUGUGGCUGUUGUUCGGGGUUCACAGAGUCGGGAGGUUGCGAAAAGUGCUGUGCUAGCCCUCCAGGUGGUGGUUAUCCCUAGACGUGGUUCGAUCUGCAUACUAAAUAAUAUACUUUUAUGCAGUAAAAAAAGUCAUGAAUAAAAUCUCGUCUUGUGAGUGGCAUGGAACCACUAGAGAUAUUUCACAAUUAAAAAAUAAUGAUUGUACCUGUGUGAUCAUAAGUUUAAGAGCUAUCUCAAAUAUAUGCUCUUCGAAUAUAGUCACAAAUCGUGGGUUUAAGGGUUUUUAUUUACUUCCA